AUGGAUCGACUGACGGCCACCAUGAGGUCUCCCACCAAGGGUGGAAUGGCUUCAGAAGCCGCUUUGAGCCGAUCGAAGUCCUCUGCGUCCGCUCGGCUCGCAACGCCGCAACGCCGUCUCCUCCCUCGAGGUUCCCUUGGGUCCCUUCGCCGCCUGAGGAGCAGAUUGAGCCUGGGGAGUCUUCGCAAGGGCUCACCGGAGAAGAAGGGUGCCACGAGGCUGGGUUGCCACGUGACUGAGAGUUCCUCAGUUCACAGCCAGCACUCAUUUCGUCCUUUGUCGAUUGUCAAAUCGGCCUUACGCCCUUUUGACUUCGACGUUGCCGCAGCCAUGGAAGCCGCGCAAAACCAUCCUCUCUCGUCCCCUCCUGCCUCCCCAAAGACCAGCAUGGCAUCAGGUCAAGAUGGCACUGAGCCUCUGGCUCGUAUCCCGCGUCUCUCGAACGAGGAGCGCGAGGAUGACGAGAAGACAAUCAAGCCAGAGCCCCAAACCUCCUCCUCCCCUCAUCCAUCUGCCUGCGAGACGGAAGUCUCCGGCGAUUUUCGAUCCUUGAUGCGUCUGCCGCCACCAGACAUUCGCCAGCACCCGGCGUUUGUAAGCGACCCGAUGACAUCAACCAGCGAUGCGCCGCUGAUGGUCACUACGACUACAGAGGCAGAGAUCCGCCAAUGGGCGCAAGAGAGGCGUCCUAAUAUGAUGGCGACUCAAGCAGGCACGACAAGCAGGGCAGGAGCGACGACGCCGCAUCGAGGACUCCGUUUCGUGACUCCAACGGGUCUUCGACGUCGAGAGGCGCAGGCAAACCCCGAGGCUCCGGCUCCAUCAGGAUUUUCCCUUCGGAAAAACUUCUCUCGACUUCGCCUCGAGUAUGAAAAUGUCGUGUUUGGAGGAGGUGACAUCUUUUCAGGAGGUGCAUCCAUGACUUCGCCGACACCCGGACUCAAGACCCCGGCUGAGAGCGAGAAGCAAGCCACCACGCCAGGCUCACAGGAAGUCGAGCAGAAGAAGACCGGCCUACGAAAGGUUACUGGACUAUUCAAGUCAAAGCCUGAGAAAGCGCAGCCAGAUCCGGUUUCACCGCUACCAGAUGGUCCAAAUUACCGUCUGCCCAGACAGGAUCUUGAACGCUAUCUGCGCAUCACCAGCAACUGCCGCUCGUAUGACUAUGAUGAAACACAGCCCUAUCCACGCCACCCAAAUACUGGACGUGCCUGGCACUCUCGCAACCUGAAGUGCACCAAUUGCCUCGAUGUCACCUGCGCUGUUUGCGGACGAACAUGCUGCGCGUACAAAGCUGCUUCAGAAGCUCUCGAGAAUCACCAGAACAACGCUCCCAGCCUCAUGGCAGCACAAGACCGCCUCGCUGAUAUCUCGAAUCUCUUCCCAUUCGGACGCGAGACCACAACAUUUCUUCAAUGUACCCAUGGUGGUGGAUGUGGCAAGAUGGUGUGUCCUGACUGCUGCGGCAUGUGCCCAAAUCCAAUUUGCGCCGACAUACAGUGCAGAAAAUGCAAGAAGGACCCAUGGUCUGAAUGUGACUGGCAUGAACAUAUGGAAACACACGCAUUGUAA